AUGCCUUCCUUUCAAACCAAUUCCACUCUCACAAAUCACUCAGCCAAUGAGUUGAUUGUCUAAUUGUUAGUAAUAAUCAUAUAGAAUUAAUUAUGGUUGUGGUGUCUCUAAGUUUGGCCCUUCGGGAUUUUACCAUACACUCUUAGCAAAGCGUCAUCACUCGUUAAACUUGAGUAGACUUAUGGGUUUAUACAUUUACAAAGUCAAUUGAAUCAAUCAAUGAAUUUUCUGAUAUAUCCUCAUCUGUAUCAUCAUAUUUCUCACUCCUCCACCAAUCCAUUCCCGUUAUCUUCUCAAAAUGCAUCCCAAUUUGUCCCCUUCUUCCUUGGUCAUCCCUGCCAUCAUCUUUCUCCUCUCCCACCAAUUCUCAAACUUUGUAUGCAGUGACGAAUUUCACUAUUCAAACUGCAAUUCUCCGGUGGAAUGCGGUGGAUUGGGCAAAAUCGAGUACCCUUUCUGGGUAAACGGCGCCCAGCCUGAUUACUGUGGCCAUCCCAGGUUCAAGCUGGAUUGCCUGCGUGGUGAUUUUCCCACCAUACAGAUCAUGCACCGGGACUAUCUUGUCAUGGACAUCGAUUAUGACACCCAAAUCCUAAAGAUGGCGACCUUCUAUGAAUUCUUUUGUCCUGAAUUCGACAUAACCAUGGAUUCAACUCUCUUCAGCUAUACUUCCGACGUUGAAAUCGCCACCGUAUUUUACGAUUGUUCCUCCACUGAUCCACACCCAGGAUCUUACAACUUUUCCUGCGUGAUCGAUAGCUUUCCAAGCCACGCUUAUUUGGUUACGAAUACGUCAGCGGCAAGUGAGUUCGCAUCGGAAUGCAAGUUCAGUGCUUCAGUUCCAGUGGUCGUGCCAAAGUCAGCAGACGGUGUGAAAGAGAUAUUGAGUUCCGUGUUUAAGGUGAACUGGACGGUAAACAAGACAGAAUGCGAUGAAUGCGUUGGGUCUGGGGGUAGGUGUGGAUAUAACAGCACCUUGGACCAACCUUGCUGUUUUUGUCCUGAUAACCCUUACCGAAACAAAUGUCCAAAUCUACGUUCAAGUAUGUACCCCUCUUCUCUUUCCAUGCUUUUCAGUCUUUGAUCAACAUAUCUACGGCAAUCGAUGUUGUUUCAUUUUCUCUUCUUGGUUCCUUCUCUUUUUCUUCCCCCUUUUACUUUUUGCUCUAGGAAAGUUUGGAAUCCCCGUCACAUUCAACAGCCCUUGUCCCAGCUACUCUAAUUAGGAUUAGAAAGUUGUUUAUUUUAUUUCAUUUCAUUUCUUUAGGUAACAAAGUAUGACUAGUGUUUUGAUUUGUCUUUCAUGAAACGUGUAGUGUGGGUUAUUUGCCUAGUCAAGGAAUAAGUUCCGGAGGGUAUUGAGCUGAAUAAAGUCUUUGUGUUGAUUUUUUUUUACCAUUUCAGUCACCAGUCUUCUCGUAAAUCUCAUGAUUUCCCCUCUAAUAAAAAUUUAUAAUGCCUUACUAUUGGGUAGAAAACUAACCUAGAGUAUUAGAGUGACUUUUUAGGAAAUUAAAUGACAAAAUUUCUACACAAAUAAAUGCACUAGAUUUUAAUAAAUGUACGAGAUUUUAAUAUACACGUACAACUUCUUUUCAAGAGAAGUUGUUUCACUGUCAAUUGGUCCAUAGGAGUGAAAAGCAGCCAAUCGAAAUCGAAAUCUCAUCUGACACCUGUUUUUCCUCCAUGACGUGAUAAAAUGACAGAUCCUGCAUAGCAGUCCCUUUCUUAGAGGCUCUGCGAGUAUGAUAACGCCCCAAAUUUCUUCAAUUAAUUAAAGGAUUUUUAAGAAUUAAAAAUGUAUGAAAUAAUAAUCUUCUUCCACAUGUAAAAGUAUUUUAACAAAAGUUGUAGUGUUGAAUAUGAUUGAUGAUUUUUUGAGAGAGUACUCUCCACGAGUCUUCUAAGUCAAUACACACAUAUUAUGUGUCUAGUGUUGUCAUUUAUUUUUCCUGAAACGUGUAGUAUGGGCCAUUUACCAAGUCAAUGAUGAAUGGAUGGUUGGGGGCAUUGAGUGAAGGGAGUUUUUAUUUAGUUUUAUCCUUCCAUGGCCUAAUAUAUCCAUCCACUCAUCACUCUUUAUCAUUUUUUCCUCCUCUUCACUUCCAUGCAUCUCAAAGAUUUCUUCCCUUCUUCCCUUGUCAUCUCCCUCUUCAUCUCCAUCCUCUCCCAUGGCUUCCCGAAAUAUGUCUGCGGAAUCGAUUUUCGCUAUGCAACCUGCAAUUCUUCAGCAGAAUGUGGUAGACUGGGAAAAAUUCACUACCCUUUCUGGGUAAACGGCUCCCAACCUUGGUAUUGUGGUUAUCCCUGGUUCGGUCUGUACUGUCACAAAGACGAGGCCACCAUGUGGAUCUUGUCUGAAUUAUUUCAUGUCAUCGACAUGGAUAAUAGGACUCAGACCCUGAAGAUUGCCAGAAUCUAUGAGCCCUCAACGGGUAAUUUUUUUUGUCCGGUCUUCAACGCAAGCAUAAAGUCAACUUCCUUCAGCUAUUCUUCCGAUGUUGAAUUUAUCACUUUCUUGUACAAUUGUCCUCCGAUCGAAGGUUUAUCAUCUUAUGAGUAUCAUUGUGUGGUAGUAAACAAGAAGCAAAUCCACAGUUACUUUGUGGCAAAUACAUCUUUGGCAAAUAGAUUCAGAAGCAGAUGUGGGUAUAGUGCUCUUCUUCCUGUUCUCGGAAGUGCUGUAGAAGGCCUUAUGAAUGGUUCAUUAGAUGUGGAAAAGGCUUUGAGCAAAGGGUUUGAGGUCAAAUGGACAGCAAACGAGUCACAGUGCGAAGGGUGCAUGGAGUCUGGCGGUAGGUGUGGGUAUGACAGGAAUUUGAACACGCCUUCUUGUUUUUGUCGUGACCGGCCUUAUCCAGAAAGCUGUUCACGUUCAUCAAAGGGACUAAACUAUCACAGGAAGGUUAUUAUAGGUGUUUGUGCUGGAUUAGGUACUCUCCUUAUUUCAAGCAUUUUUUUCCUCAUGUAUCUACGCCGCUACAAGAAGCGCUAUCCUCCACCUUUGUUCUCUCGAAAUAUCUCUUCUGAUCCCUCUUCGAAGACAAUUUUUGAGAGCCAGGGCAGCUUACACGGAGUCCAUAUAUUCACUUACGAAGAACUUGAAGAAGCCACUAACAAUUUUGAUUCCAGCAAAGAACUAGGAGAUGGAGGCUUUGGCACCGUAUAUCAUGGCAAACUCCGUGAUGGUCGUGUUGUUGCUGUGAAGCGCUUAUAUGAAAACAAUUACAAGAGGGUUGAGCAGUUCAUGAAUGAAGUUGAGAUCCUCCAACUUUUGCGCCACCGAAACCUAGUCUCCCUAUAUGGGUGCACCUCUCGCCACAGCAGAGAGCUCCUCCUUGUAUAUGAAUACGUUCCUAACGGUACUGUUGCUGAUCAUCUUCACGGUGAACAAGCUAAACCUGGAUCACUCACAUGGCCAACUCGAAUGAAAAUUGCCAUAGAGACUGCAAGUGCAUUGAAAUAUCUCCAUGCUUCUGAUAUCAUCCACCGUGAUGUCAAAACCAACAAUAUUCUCCUUGACAGCAACUUCUCUGUGAAAGUUGCAGAUUUUGGGCUGUCCCGUCUCUUCCCGACAGAUGUUACCCAUGUUUCAACUGCUCCACAAGGAACUCCUGGAUAUGUUGAUCCCGAUUAUCACCAAUGCUACCAGCUUACAAGCAAGAGUGACGUCUAUAGCUUUGGGGUGGUCCUGAUUGAGCUUAUAUCAUCCAUGCCUGCUGUUGAUAUCACUAGGCACCGGCAUGAGAUUAACUUGUCUAACAUGGCUAUCAACAAGAUCCAAAACCAUGCAUUGCAUGAACUUGUUGACCGUUCCCUUGGGUUUGAUUCAGACCAGAACAUAAGGAGGAUGAUAAUGGCAGUGGCAGAGUUGGCAUUUCAGUGUUUGCAAAAUGAGAAGGAAAUGAGACCUGCUAUGGAUGAAGUGCUUGAGGUUCUAAUGGGCAUUGAGAGUGAGGGUUGCAAUAUAGUAAAGACAGAGGAGGUGGAGAUUCCAGCAGACAGUGUUGGGUUGUUGAAGAGUAAGCAACCACCAGCUUCACCGGAUUCUGUGACUACAAAUUGGACUAGUUGGCCCUCAACUACUAAUGGCAGCAGCUGACUUUUCCUUCUGGGCUCACUGAAUUCUCAAAGCACAUGGCAAUAAGAAUGAUGAUCAUAUACUAGAAAAAAGAGAAAAAAAAGGGUGGUAAUGCCAUUUUCUUCUCAUCUACUCAAUUUUGAUGUCUUGAAUGAGAUGUAAAUGUUAAGUAGGAGUCAUCAUUGGUAAACCAAAGUUCUUCGUUAGGGUAGUGAAAUUUUUUUAUUGGUAUUUGCCUUCUACUAAUUAAGAAUGAUGUUCAAUAUUUGUUUUGCAUUACUAUUUUGAUUCUACAUUGGCAAUGUGUUCCGCUAA